CCUCCACAUGUCCCACCGCCAAUAUUUCGACGUCCUUUAUAAAAACGCGGUGGACCCUAUAAAUGUUGACUUGAAACACGACUUGAAACGUAACAUUACGUUGUUGUAAUAAUGUUUCCUUCUACUUCACUCCUUUCUGAAUUUGAAUGUCCUCUUUAUCAACGCGGUCGUUGUAAUCGACCCUUUUGCAAGUACCAACAUGGAGACCAUUCAGAUAAUGGGAAUGUUUCUCCCAUAAUCACGCGAGGAGUUGAGAGGCACCAUGAGACUUCUUGUGAAACCUUAAGCACCCAAGAAGAUAAUGGCGCUUGCUUACUGGAACUUGAAAAGAUAAAAAAACAAAUUGAAUCAGUCAAAUGUGAGGUUGAGCAACAACAGAGAAAGCUGUCUCAUUACAAGACUAGAAAAAAUGACCAAUACAGAAUGUGCACAUCUGUGUCCAAAAGUAAAAAUAAAAUUGCAGCAAAUGACUCAAGUGCCAAAAAAUAUGUAUUGGAGAAAUCUAGGCCACUUACUGAUUUGGAAUAUGACCCUUGUUCAAAUUUUUCAUCUGGCUUGUUGUCAAGCACUUUAUCAGAUUGUAGUGGCAAACCGUGUAAAGACAAAGAGAUUUCACUGGAGCAAUGCAAGACAAAGGAUAAUCAAAGUAAGAACCAAGAGACAAAAAUAUCUCAUCAUUCUGAUGACUCAGAUGAUGGAACACUUGUGAUUGAUGUCCCAUGUUUGGAGGAGGAUCCACAAGGUAUCAACGGAGUUGCACAAACUGUGUCCACUGAAACUAAACCCACAGAAUCUCUCUCAAAGGAAACCCAUGAGGCCAAACAAUGUAUAGCUCUCUCUAGUGGACUGUCCACACAUAAAAACCUGCAGACAAAUGAACAAUGUGUGAAAGAACUACUAAAAUCACCCGCGGAAAUUUCAGAAGAUGCAAAGACCAGAAAUGGAACUGCAAUGCAUUGCUUUGACAGAAGCAGAGAGAGUGCGUCUUCAAUUUGGCAAGAAUCGGAUGCUGAUCUGCCUGCCACUAGAGAGAGAACAGAAAUGAACCACGUUAAUUCACGUUCUCAUCACGAAGAAAGUGAAAAAAGUCCUAAUAUUGAGAAUGUUCUAGAUGACCUUUCUGCUUGUCUUGACGAUCUGAGGAAUCAGAGUGAAACAAUUGGCUGUACAAGUGACCUGGAACUAGUUCCGAAAAUGAUUGGAAAUGGCUUUGAUGUCACUAAUCAAAAUGAACACCUGGGAUUCUGUAGUCUCCAGCAAGAGAUACAGGUACAAAUUGACAGCCUAGAAAGGGAACUGAGGAGGCCCAACAAAAUUCCCCAUUUUCCUCUUCACCCCACUGCACCCCAAAGUCAUAUCCAACACACUGUGGUACCUAAAGAAAGCCUGCUACUUUCUGACCACCAAACCACCACUUCCGUAUUUGCUCCAACAAAAAACACCAGGAGUAGCGGUCAGGAUGUUGACUGUUUCACAGGUUCGUACUGGACCUCAGUGCGAAAUGUUAAAAAUGAGACAUGUACUUCUAAACUCCCUGCACCUUCAUUCAUGACUGCACAGCACUUGGAUGGGGGGCAGAGUACUGUACAGUCUAUGAGAUGUCAAGAUGCAUUGAUGACCGCAUCAAACCUCAAUCGGUUUCAGAUGCUAAAGAAGCCAAUCAGUGAACCAAGUGUCGGGUAUGUCCAUCAAGCCCCUGCUGUCCUUCAUACACCAGCAUCAACCACAGUGCCCCGAAUAAGGGAAAAAGAGGAGACCUUUGAAAUCGUGCCAAGUUCUGAGGAGGAGGAGCUCAAUUACUCCGACCUGGAUUUGUCUGAAAGUGACCCGAUGGAAGAGUGCUACAAGAUUUUUAUGGAGGCAAAUAAAGAUGGUGAUUCCGGCAUCCAGGAUGCUUCCCCUGUGCAAGCAGGUAAACCUGCAGAGGCUGACCUGAAACUGAAAAUGGAUAAUGGACAGAAGAAAAGAAUGGCCCAUACUCCAAGAUUUGAGGCGGCCACUACUAAACCCAAACCACAGGUGCUCAUCCCCCUCCGAGGUGAAACCUCUCUGAUGACCUCAGCACCUGUGAGAAGGCCUCAGCCGCCGCAGCAGCAGCAGUUUGUCCAUCGGCAGCCGUCUGUGGUAACCACGGCGAUCAGGAGCAUCCAGGGACCGGGCCCCUCCAGCGGGCAUAUCAGCAAAUACGCCCAGUUCACUUCACACCCCAGCCUUCCACAAAAUGCAUGUGUUAACAUCAUACCAGUCGGAACCACCGUCCAGCUGCCUCCCAGCAUGCACUUCAUCCUCCCCCAGGGGCACUAUAUGCCUGUAACUGUGCCUAUGCCUGUGACUGUGUUGUCCCCCCCCGUAGUGAUGCCACGGGCUGUACACCUCACACCCGCUAAAUCGGUGCCAGUCAAACGCAAAGCAAAAGAGAAAAGUGAAGUCGGGGUUAAGGUCCCACACAAUAUAAGGCAGCGGUAUGUCAACCUGUUUGUUGAAGAGUUCCUGAAAACCUCCGCCACUGUGCCUGAAGCUUUUGAAAAGGCUUUAGUUGAGGAGAAGUCGGUGUAUGAACGCAGCAUCAACCGACUGAAGUAUCUGAGUGUAGCUGUGAAUGCCCUCAAGAGACUGAGGAGCCAAAACAGUCUUCCCUCCAAAGGUGGAACAGAGAAUGUGGCAAAAGAAUCCAAGGGCAACAUAGCACUCAAAGCUUGUGCGCUUCAUGGAGCAGGAGAUUGUGCUCUUCAUGAGAGUCUGAAGGAGCACAUCCUGUCUGAUGACACGCUAAGGAAAAACAGCUACCCUUCUCAACACCCUGGCCGCCCUGGCUAUGCUAUGCAGUAUGGCGAGAGGAAGAAGACCAUGGCUGACGCGUUGAAAAGAAUCUGCUGCCGUUGUGGAUCAACCUUUUCCGUCAGCCAAACAGGAAAGCACACUCGGACAGAGGAGUGCACCUACCACUAUGGAAAAGUUGUUGAAAACAGGGUGCCGGGCGGCGUGGAGUCCCGAUACAGCUGCUGUGAGGCCACGGCGGGGACCUCCGGGUGCCAAGUGUUCAAGCUUCAUGUCCACGACGCCUGCAGCCUGUCUGGCUUCGUUAGCACCAUGCCGGCAAGCUCGUCUGGCCGGUGCUGUCCAGGGGUCUAUGCAAUAGACUGCGAGAUGUGUUACACAACGCAGGGUCUGGAGCUGGCCAGAGUGACUGUGGUCAAUUCCAGCCUGCAGGUCAUCUACGACACCUUUGUCCAGCCAGAGAGUGAGGUCAUUGAUUACAACACCAGAUUCUCUGGUGUCACUGAGAAGGAUGUGAGGGCCACCAGUGUCCAUCUGACGGAUGUGCAGAACACACUUCUGAAAUUCAUCACUUCAGACACCAUCCUGAUUGGCCACGAGCUGGAGAAUGACCUCUGUGCCAUCAAACUCCUUCAUGGUGUCGUCGUGGACACCUCUGUGGUGUUCCCUCACCGGCUGGGGCCUCCACACAAGCUGGAGUUGCACCACCUCACUGCUGACUACCUCAGAAGGAUCAUCCAGGAAAGUGUGGACGGCCAUGAUACAGGUGAGAAUGCGACCGCGUGCAUGGAGCUGAUGCUCUGGAGGGUCAAGGAAGAUGCCAAGGUGAAGAGGUGGUGAAAAUGUUGCCCAAUGGAAGUGAAGAAUCAAAAUGUCUGCCAGAGGGGAAAUGGUUCCGCACUGGAUGUGUAUAAUGACUGUUCCAGCACUAUGACCACAUCAAUUUGAACACCUCAUCAUGAACGUAUCCGUGCUCUCUCACUGUGUGUGUGUGGUCUCGUCACAGACAUAUUUCAGUUACACAAAAAGAGUUUUUGAAAGAUGGUUUAUUUGUGAAAAUCAGAGAAAAGAGUUCUUGGUGUGGGUGGGAAUAAAGGUUAUGGUGUUGUCUUUUGAACAGGCUUUGAACAUGGAACACCAUGUUAUGUGGAAAAAAUAUUGGCCUGGUUUAGUUGCCUUUGUUAACAUAAUGUUCUGUUUUAUUUUUUGUUUGUGUUUUAUUUUGUAAUAUUUAUUUUAGCCUCAUGCCAAAUUAAUUAUGUAAUCAUGAGUGGACAUAGGAAAUAUCACACCUGGAAAAGCACAAAUGGAAGUGUAUGUUAACACUAAAUGGGGGCACAAAUAAAAUUGAGCUCUGUCUGGCAUUUAUUUGAAAUGUCACAUCUACA